CCCCAGAAGAAGAGGGGGAGGAGGCGGAUAUCCGGUCCGGACAUGGCGGACUAGUGGUGGGAUUAAAAGUGUCUUCAGAACCAGUUUAGAGACGUUAGCUCCUGGGCUGCUAACCAGCGCUAGCACACAGGUUAACAGCUAGUUAACCGCUGGUUAACGUCAGCGACCGAGCAGCCGUCACAGAACCAGGAGCCAGAAUGGACUCGUGGGUUCGAUUUAACGCCCAGAGCCAGGCCAAGGAGCGAAUCAUCAGGGCGGCUCAGUACACCUGCACCUUGCUGGGCUACACGCUGCAGAGGGGCGGGGCGGCGGCUGACCUCCUCCCAACCGUCCGUCAGCUGGAAGCACACCUGAGCCUGACCAGGAAGUUGCUGCGUCUGGGAAACUCAGUGGAGGCGCUGGAAGCCGCCAAGAGGGCGAUCCACCUGUCUGACAGCGUGCUGAGACUCUGCCUGACCAUCAGCCACCUCAACAGAGCCAUGUACUUCGCCUGUGACAACGUCCUGUGGGCGGGAAAAACUGGACUCAUCUCCAAACUGGACCAGCACAAAUGGAGUCAGAGGUCUUUCAGGUACUACCUCUUCUCUCUGAUCCUCAACCUGACUCGAGACGUGUACGAGCUCCGCCUCCUCAUGGAAAGUGAAGCACGCUACAGAGCCGCCAAGUCCCCGCCCUCCCCCUACCCCGGCACCGCCCUGCCCGAGGACCAGCUGUCCUCCCCAGCCACUCCGGCCGGUGCGGCCGUGCCCGUCAUGGCGGUGUGGCUCCGCAGACGGCUCCACCUGCUGGUGACGGUGCUGUACAGCAACCCGCCGCUGCUCCUGGACCUGCUGAAGAACAGCUGCGACAUCUUCAUCCCUCUGGACCGGCUGCAGAUUUACCCCACAGGACAGGGCUUCGUCGGGGCCUGCGGCCUGGCCUCCUCGGUCCUGUCUCUCCUCACCAUGGUCCACCCCUGGCUCAAACUCAAGCCGUGACCCCCCCCCCCCCCCAACCUCUCCAGAGACCACGAUCUAACAGGGUUAACACACUGACCGCUCCGCGACAGCAGCAGGGGAUCCAGAUCCUUCAGACCUGUCCCAAAAUAAGUGACAGGGUCCCUCCAUGAGGAUUCGGACCCCUGAGGACCUUCUUCUGCUCUGCUUCACUCACUGCUGAAACCCCCCCCCCCCAGCUCUGCUUCAGAUGGGUGCACAGAGCCCACUGUGUCCUCAUCACCCCCCUCCCUCACAUGAAGUUAAUCCUCAUCAGUCCGUCAGUCCAGGUCCAGCUCUGUCCUUCAGGGCGGGGGGGUCUCUGACAGGCUCACAUCAGAGGAGACCCGCCCCCUGAUGUGCGAGAACCAGGACACGCCCCCUGGUGUCUGACUGGACGACGUGCUGGGUCGAGGUGGAUUCUGUGUUUGUUCUUAUGUGAGACAGAUGUGAACAGGAUUCGCUGAACUCUGACCUUUGAGGGUUGAAUGUUACCUGUCGGCGCCACCUGUGACACUCAGACGUGCGUGAGGGUGUGAGCUCCACUGCGGUGUGCGACCGCUGAAAGACCUGAAGUCUGACUGUCGACAGGAAGCAGAUGAUGACUGUUAUGUUGACAUGGAAACGAGUAACUGUGAGGAACCUUCGUGUCUUUUCCACCUGCUCUUACUGCGUGUGUUCCUGUCGUUAGCAUAUCCUGUGCUAAUCGCUAACAGCUAAAUGUCCAAAUAAUAGUGUGUGAGAUGGGGAGACUCGGGUCCACACUGACGGAGCGUGUAGCCUCUUUAGAUCCUGCUGACCUUUCCACUGUCAUUUUAUACCCGAGUGAAUUAGUUGCUCGCAUCAUCCGUUGUCAUGGAAACCCAGUGUUGCAUGUUUUAGUGGUCCCUUGAAACUCUCCCCAACAUCAGCAGUCUGCUGCAAAGUCAGAAUAAAGUCACUUUGUCUCAGAACUGUGUCUCUGAUCUGGUCCAACUAAAACCAGUUCUCACCUUCUGACCCUCCACCCAGUCAGGUCACAAACACCUGUUCACUUCCCACAGGUGUGGUUUGAUACAGAGUCUCUCAAACUUUUUCAGACCAAGGUCCAUUAAUCACUAAAAGCAGCUAAUGAAUUUCCCCUAAGGGAUAAAUAAAGUCUAUAUCUGUCUAAGCUAGUGUCUCUGUGCAGGUCAGGAAAAUGUUCAGUACCAGUCCAGUUGCGAAACUAUUUGUUGGUGUAGUCAAAUAAAUGAUGAAAUAAACAAAUCAUACAUCA